AUGGUGGACUACUACGCUGCUCAACCGGCGUUCCACCCACAUCAGACGUCCGGAUACGAUUACACACAGCAAGAGGAGGAAUGGGAUCGGGAAGGUCUGCUCGAUCCCGCAUGGGAAAAGCAGCAGAAAAAGACAUUCACCGCCUGGUGCAACUCGCAUCUGAGGAAAGCUGGUACUAGCAUCGAACUUAUCGAGGAAGACUUCAGAAAUGGCCUCAAACUCAUGCUCUUGCUGGAAGUGAUCUCUGGCGAGCCGCUCCCUCGUCCUGAUCGCGGAAAGAUGCGUUUUCACAAAAUCGCCAACGUCAAUAAAGCACUAGAGUAUAUUGAGAGCAAAGGCGUCAAAUUGGUGUCUAUUGGAGCAGAAGGGUCGUCAUUCAUGCCCGGAGCUGUGUGUUCUGAGGUCUAUGGCGAAACUGUAUCUCCGCCUCACCACGUAUUCCGGUUGCUUCCUGUACCACCUCUAAAUGGAGUGUAA